UUCACGCGCGCAUUGUUGACUGGUCGCUUUCGCUCGUUUCCAGCGAAAAUACUGCCAAACUGUUCUCGUCAGACCGAAACUUGUAACCAGUCUUAACGCGAAAUGUGUUCCUCUUCGACUUGUUGACAUCCACCAGUUAAUUAUCUCAGAAUAUCGAGCGGGUGUUGGUGAACUCGUGGCGCGCUCUGUCGGCGAGGAGCGCAGUGCGGCGGGCGGGACGCGCGGGGCAGGGCUUCCUCCCCCUGCUUCAGUUUCGGCUGUGACGUUGUGUAGAGAGGACGCGUUGCUGCGCGCCACGAAAAAGGAUCGUUCGCGCGGCAACUUUGAACAGUGACAGUGUGAAGGAGUGUACCGUGACAGAGAAUGUGUAUCGGAUUGCAGUGCGCUACCAAACGGAUGCAGUGAUUUGGAUCACAAUACUUGGAUUGCAGUGUUUUUGGAUUUGGAUUUUGCAUUUUUUCAACUAUCAAACUGGGGAUGCAUAAGAUGGAGCUCGGUGACAGCGUGUACGCCGCUGAGCGUAUCAUGAAGAGGAGAAUUAGAAAGAACAAAGUGGAGUAUUACGUGAAAUGGAAAGGGUGGAAGCCGAAGCACAAUACGUGGGAGCCGGAGGAAAACAUCCUAGACCCGCGACUCAUCGAGAGCUUCGAGCGCGGCGAGGAGCUCCGGCGGCAGGGCAGGAAGCGCGAGCGCGAGCACUCGCCCGCCGAGCGCGCGCGCAGCGGCUCCGAGGAGCGCCACCCGCCGCCCGGCAAGCGCAAGGCCGAGGUGCUGUCCCGCGAGUCCGGCAAGAUCGGCGUCACCAUCACCAUGAGCCCGCCCGCCGCCAAGCGCCACGACUCCACCAAGCUCAACGGUAGCCGCACCUCGCAUGCGGCGCACACCGCGCACGCAGCGCAGCCGCCGCCCCCGGCCGCGCCGCCCGGCGGGGCAGCCGCUCCCGCCUCGCCGGCCGCUGAAGCUGCAGCGCCUAGGACGGGCCCCAGACGGGCGCCACACUCCCCGGAGGAGGCUGACGCCCAUACUCCUCCAGAGCGCGAGAGGCGGACGGAGACUCAGCCCACUGCGACAGCACCUGCGGAGCCGAAGGGAGCGCAACCUCCGCCACCGGCCGCGCCGCAACCUGAGGAAGAGGAGGACUCGUGGGGCGAUGCGCCCGUGGCAGUGCCGGCGCCGCCACCGCCGCCCCCGGCGCCCCGGCGCGGCGCCGCCUACUGGAUGGCGCGCUCCCCCGUCGCCGACCAGAUCUUUAUCACCGACGUCACCGUCAACCUGCAGACGGUCACGAUACGCGAGUGCCGCACCGAGAAGGGUUUCUUUAGAUCUCGUGAGCACCGGCCGCUCGACGUCACGUAAGGUCUGCCGUGAUUAACUUUUUGGACUUGUACAAUAAUAGGUAGCUAGUAAUGAUUAGUUACUACGGACUUAUACCCGAAGAGAGGAGUGAAGUGAGAAGGUGUCUUUGUAGGCCUAAUGUAAACGACAUUAGAUUAGUGCUCAUCUAUCUGCUACUGAAUUGUUGGGAUGUUUAUUUAUUGUAGAUGGAAUUGUCUGAGUAAUUGACAAUGCUGCAGGGACUUGAUUGUAUGAAAGAGUCCCUGUGACUUUUGAAACAGAUUGUGCUGCUGGGUUUGUAUUAUAGAUAAAAUUAUGACCACCAGAUCUAACAAUUAAUAGACAAAUUGUUGUCAAUUGUUGAAAAUAGAGACUUCUAUAUUUUAUAAUGUUGAAUUUAUUGAUUGACUGGGUGUCUGGUGUACCUCCAAGCAGAUAAUGUAUUUUAACUAAACCUAUAAUUUAAAACCACCAAUACCUUUUGUAUACCUUCCAUUAUUAAUUAAGUGCUCUGCUUGUGAACUAAAUGUAAGAGAAAUAAUUUUACCCAGUGUGACCCCUUAAAAAAUAGGUACCAAGUUAAUAAUAAUUUUUGUAUUGAAUCUCAGCAAAAAAUAAAAUGAAAAAAAUUAAUGUUUUAUCAGUUUAUUAUACUCAACCAAUUUUUAACAUUAUGUUAAUUCGUCAUUGUAAAAAAUCCUUAGUUUUGUUUUUUAUUAGUCUUUUUAUUGUUGUUGUUAUUUAUGUGAACUUAAUUUAAUGUUGAAUAAUUUUCCAUUCACUAUUUUACCCCAGUCUUUGAUAAAAUUUAUUGUACUUUUAUAAGUUGUAAUAAAAAAAAACUUUUUGUAUACCUAACAAUAACUACAUUUGCAACAUUGAGUAAAUAACGUCGCGGGUAAAAAUUUCGCGGUUUUUGACCACCCAGUGUUGCAACUAGUAAAUUAUAUUCUUGAAAGAAAGACGAAAGCCUCUUUUCUAUUUAACUAUAUAAAAUUAGGUACUGUUGGUUUAUAAAAUGAACUGAUUGUUUUUUUUUAUGUAAAUAGUAUUCUUUGUAGUCCUGUGCUAAUAAGUUAUUUUUUUUUAUAAUUUAAUUUUAAGAUCACAUGAUUCCGGACGCUUUUCGUGUUCCUUUUAUUGUUAUUUGGUUCCUUUAAUAAUUAAAUAAUAAUGAUUAUAAGUAUUUUCCUGAACGGAUGUGAAUGGAUGGAUUCUCCUACUAUUUAAGUUCAUUGUAUAUUUUACUUAAUGCAUUUGUAUGUGGAAAUGGUUUAUGUAAAUAUUGUAAAUAUAAUUUUAGAGAACUUGUUUUAUAAUGUGAUAGAAUUUCACAUGAUAGUCUGUAAAUAAAUGAGAAUGAAUUAGA